GCGAACAAAGUUUUAAUCGUUUUAAAAUAAACAUUGUUCAUUGAUUCACAAUGAUAUCAGAGUUCGCAAACGAAAAAGUAUUUUGGACCCGAAAAAUGAACUUGAAAUUGGUGUACUUUAUUAAAAAUAACCCAAACGUUUGGAAUCCUAAGCAUCCAAAAUAUACGUCUGUCGAACACAAAGAUCAAACCUACGCAGAAUUUGCAGCUCUUUAUGGCAAUAAAUUUACUGGUCAAGCGGUGAAAAACCGAUGGACUAAUAUCAGAUCAACUUUCGCAAAUUAUUUGAGGAAAUUUAAAGCAAGCCGCGCAAAUGGUGAGGAGGAAUAUAAAAUAAAUUGGCACCUAUGGGGACCUUGUCAAUUUUUGAUGAAAGUCAACAGAACAGUCAAAGAUUCAUCUUUAAACUUAAAUCAAUCAGAUGAAAAGAAUUCAUCAUUAAUACACAAUCAAUACAACAGUAAUGAUAAUACGACAGAAGACACUUUUGUAGACAAUACAAAUACUAAUAGUCAUUGUAAAGCAAUUGCUGAAAAUCUUGUAAAGAUAUUCAAAAAAAUGCAAAAUGAUCCCUUUGGUCUUGAUAAGACUCAAUAUGGUGAGGUUGGUCAAACAGUGUCAAAGAGAUUAUCAGAAAUGGAUUCAUAUGAUGCGGCUAAAGCUGUAGUGAAAAUUACUGAAAUUCUGUUGUUGUAUGACGAACAGAAUUUAUUAAAUCCAAAUAAUUUUAAAAAUGAAUUGUGAAUAUAUAUAUCUUGGACUUUAUCUACUGUGUGAA